ACCUGUCUUAUGUUUCUAACCGCCUGACAAACAUCUCACGUGGCAGGUAACCGUGUGAAAUCAACAGAAAAGACUGAAUUUCACCUGCCACGGAGAGCAAAAAGUGGCCGUUUAAAACCGCCCUUAAGUCUGCGCGAGCGGAGUCGUUUUAAGAGUUUAGACCCUUUCAAAGGAAAGUUGUUCAGAAAUGACAAAUUCUGGUCAAUAUUUACUAAAGCGGGUUAGUCAUUAACUGUGCUCGGCUGCAGCAGCAGCUGCACGGAGUCCCAGCUCGCACACAGUCAGCGAGCCGCUCGGUCACUACUGCCCGCUUUACAAUGCUUUGCAUGCGGCUGUGGAGAAGCCUGAGUCCCGUGUGCAGAGAUGUUCACCUGUCGACAUGGAAACGGACCCAGAGCCACACGGCAGCAGCUGCCAGGCUGGACCUCAGCGGUAUUUAUCCGCCCAUUGCCACUCCGUUUACCGCCAGGGAGGACGUGGACUACCAGAAACUGGAGGGAAACCUGCAGAAAUAUGCCAAGAUACCAUUUAAAGGUCUGGUGGUCCAGGGCUCCAAUGGAGAGUACCCGUACCUGACGGAGGAGGAGCGGGUGGAGGUGGUGAAGACCGUCAGGAGAUCAUUGCAGACCGACAAACUGCUGAUGGCCGGAUCAGGCUGUGAAUCCACGAGAGCCACGGUGCAGCUCACGGAGAAGAUGGCGGCGGCCGGAGCCGACGUCGUCCUCGUGGUAACGCCCUGCUUCUAUAAGGGCAAGAUGGACAGCCGCGCUCUGAUCCAGCACUUCACAAAGGUGGCGGACCGCAGCCCGGUGCCGGUAGUUCUGUACAGCGUGCCGGCCAACACAGGGCUGGAGCUGCCGCUGGACGCUGUGGUGCAGCUGUCCCAGCACCCAAACAUCCUGGGCAUCAAGGACAGCGGAGGAGAUAUCUCACGGAUUGGCCUGAUUGUACACAAAACCAAAACGCAGGAUUUUCAGGUGUUGGCGGGCUCAGCAGGGUUCCUCAUGGCCGCCUAUUGUGUUGGUGCGGUUGGCGGAGUGUGUGCGCUGGCUAACGUUCUGGGCCGGGAGCUGUGUGAGUUGGAGCGUCUGUGUGUGUCCGGUCGCUGGGACGAAGCCAGAGUCCUGCAGCAGCGCCUCAUCGAGCCCAACGCCGCCGUGACCAGGAAGUUGGGAGUCCCAGCCCUCAAGCAGGCGAUGGAGUGGUUUGGUUUCCACGGCGGCGCCUGUCGAUCACCUCUUCAGCCAAUCACAGAGGCCGAGGCUCAGCAGCUGAGGCGGGACUUCUCCUCCAAUGGCUGGCUGUGAGGUGACACGGGUGACGGGCUGUGUGUGUGUGUGUGUGUGUGUGUGUGUGUG